AUGUCGAAAGUCACAGGUUACAAGGACAAGGUCAUUGGUGCAUCCAAGGAAGCCGUAGGCAGCAUCGCGAGCGAGCGGCUGCGGACCGAGGGAGAAGCUCAGAGGUUCCAAGGGCAUACGGCGAUCGACCAAGCCAAGGUGCAGAAUCGGGCCCAGGCGAUCGGUGACAAGAUCUCGGGUGCCUUCAAGGAAGGAACCGGAACGCUCACGGGGGACGCAUCUCUGAGACAAGAGG